ACCGAGGAGACAGGUGAAACUUGCAAAUUAUGUAAACAAAAACAAACUGUCUCUGGAAAAUGGCGGAUUCUCUUUCUUCUCUCAGCAAAUUGACUUCCUGGAUUGGAAGUUAUUGGCUGCCAACAUCUCAAGAAAGGCUACAAGAUGCAGAAUCUAAGAUCUUGCAGCGAAUCCAAAAGCCAUGGGAAGGAAAUUUCGUAAAAGUUGGUAAAAAUGUCGAGAUUUGGACCCUGAAAGUGAAUACACAAGAAGCAAGCGGAGAAACACCUUUGGUGCUGGUUCACGGGUUCAUUAGCGGGGUCUGCUGGUGGGUACAGAGUUUCGAUGUCUUGAGUGAAAAGCGCACAGUGUACGCGUUUGAUUUGCCGGGUUUUGGUCGUAGUUCACGCCCUGAAUUUUCAAGCACUCCAGAAGAGGCAGAAGACGAAUUUGUGCAGUACAUCGAAGAAUGGAGAAAAGCAGUCGGCCUUGAGAAGUUUAUUCUGCUAGGGCAUAGCCUUGGUGGAUAUCUAGUAACUGCUUAUGCUUUGAAAUAUCCCGAUCGAGUGCAUCAUUUGAUUCUAUCGGAUCCUUGGGGAUUUUCCAUUCUGCCAUACGGUGCUGUAGACCGCCACCCCGACAGCCCCUUCAGCUAUAACCAACUCCCAAAAUGGCUGCACCUCGGGAACUAUUUUACAAAUACUCUUAAUUUUCUAACCCCAGUUAGAUUAUUAGGCCCUUUGGGACCGUAUGCUGUUAGCCUGGCACGCUUCGAUCCUAACAAGAAGGACUCGGCACUGUGGAAAGAGGGGGCUGUUUUCGAGUAUAUUUACCACUGCAAUGCCCAGACACCCACCGGCGAAAACGCUUUCAGAAACAUGAAUUUUUUGCUGGGUUGGGCAAAGCACCCUAUGAUUAAACGUGCUCGAGAAAUAGACCCGAAAAUGAGAAUUUCCAUCAUGUAUGGAUCCUGGACAUUUCUCGACCACAGAACAGCAUACGAGCUCAAAUGCAUUCGACCGGAGUUGAGUGUUGAUGUCUACAUUGUAAAGGACGCAGGGCAUGAUAUUCAUGUUGACAACGCUGGGAAGUUCAAUGAAAUCAUGGCUGACAUCUUAUGCAAGUGUGCUAGGGAUGUAGAUGAUGAAGACUGGAUGGCAAUAGAGACAAUUGAUGAACCUUCACAGGGGGACUGAUGUGUAUAUGGGGUUUCGAAAGAGCCAGGGAGCUGUUCGUAACUGUACAUUUUUUAGCUUUUUUGAAUAUUUAUUUGGCUGCAUAUCAUAUUUUAUUAAUCCCAGUGCUUCAGAUGCAGUGCAAAGUCCAUGUAAAAAGUAUUAGAUGUAAAAGGUUUACACUGUAUUUGCAAGUACAGAGUUAUUGUUUUUGUUUAAAAACAAAGUGCAUGAAUAAAAGCCUAUUGUUUUCUUAUCUGAGCAGGCUAAUGAAAUCUGAUGUAAACAAAUAUCACUUUCCUUGAGUAGUUUGAGCCAGAAAGUGACAUGUAAUACUAGUUUUAUUGAAGGAAACUAAACAGCUAUUUAUUAUUCUAUUCCAACUUGAGGGUGGAUGGUUUGGUGUUCUUUUUGAACUUGGAAAUAACAAAAAACAUUCUAGCUUCUGAAAUGUAUUUAUUGCAGUAAUUGGCAAAUGCUUUGUUCUAAAACGAAUUCAAUGUUUUUAUUUUAUGUUAAAUAUUGAAAGAUGUACAUAGUCAAAGUUGUUUUUAUUGCUUGGGUUUAUGUUUAUCAGACGAGAUUUUAUUGGGUUAUAUUAAAUAUGUUUUUAAAAAGGAUCAUUUUCUAGAUCAUCUAUAACACAAGAAUGAUUCUUUACACUAUUGUUAGAUUACUUUAUUGUAGUUUUCAAAAAAAAUAAGCUCAUCAA